GGGUUGGAAGGAAUAGAGGUUUUUUGUUGCCGUUAGUGAUAAGCACGCCUGGCACUUCAUCAUUCUUCCCUCCCUUUCUCUCACUUCAACACUUUUCUACUAAUAUUCCUUUCUCUCUCUAAAAAUUCUUCCUCUUCUUCACUCCCCACCACUUUCCUCUUCUCUCUCUCUCUCUCUCUCUCUCUCUCUCCUUCGCCUCCGAUUUUCGCCUACUUUUUUCCUCUCAUUGGAUCUGCUACUUCCUAUUCACUUCGAUUCUUCAAUUUUAUUUCUUAUUUAUUUUUUAUCUUUCAAUUUUCGAUUCCGAUUUUUUUUUUCUUCAGCUCGAGGUGGUUAUUGUGUACUUGUAUUGUUCUUCGUUUCUCGAAUUUUCGCUUUUUGUUUUUUUGUUGCCGAUUCCGAUACAGACAAACUUGAUUACUGCUGUUUCUGCUUCUUUUCCAGGAUAUUAUUUGCUAUAUUUAAGCUAGGUUGUGAAGGACCAAAUAGUAGAAUAAUAUUAUGGCUGUUUCCAUGAGAGAUUUGGAUCCAGCUUUCCAGGGAGCUGGACAAAAGGCUGGACUUGAAAUAUGGCGUAUUGAGAACUUUAAUCCAAUACCUGUCCCAAAGUCCUCUUAUGGCAAAUUUUUCACAGGGGAUUCCUAUGUGAUUUUAAAGACAACCACAUCAAAAAGUGGUGCUCUGCGUCAUGACAUCCAUUACUGGAUUGGUAAAGACACCAGUCAGGAUGAAGCUGGUGCUGCAGCCAUCAAGACAGUUGAGCUGGAUGCAGCUCUUGGAGGACGUGCUGUUCAGUAUCGGGAAGUACAGGGCCAUGAAACCGAAAAGUUCCUGUCUUAUUUCAAACCUUGUAUUAUACCUCAAGAAGGUGGAGUUGCUUCUGGUUUUAAACAUGCGGAGGCUGAAAACCAUAAGACACGGUUGUUUGUAUGCAGAGGGAAACAUGUUGUACAUGUCAAAGAGGUUCCUUUUGCUCGAUCUUCACUCAACCAUGAUGAUAUAUUUGUUCUUGACACUGAGUCAAAAGUCUUCCAAUUUAAUGGUUCCAAUUCAUCUAUUCAAGAAAGAGCUAAAGCUUUGGAAGUUGUACAGUAUAUUAAGGAUACCUACCAUGAGGGGAAAUGUGAGGUAGCCGCUAUUGAGGAUGGAAAGUUAAUGGCUGAUCCUGAAACUGGUGAAUUCUGGGGUUUCUUUGGUGGAUUUGCUCCUCUUCCACGAAAAGCAGCCACUGACGAUGAUAAGUCUGCUGAUUCUCGCCCUCCAAAACUGCUUUGUGUUGAGAAAGGACAGGCUGAUCCUGUUGAGACUGAUUCUUUAAAAAGGGAGUUUCUAUACACAAAUAAAUGUUAUAUUCUGGAUUGUGGGUUGGAAAUGUUUGUUUGGAUGGGAAGAAAUACCUCUCUUGAUGAAAGAAAAAGUGCAAGUGGAGUUGCUGAUGAGUUAGUCAGUGGCAUCGAUAAACUUAAACCCCAAAUAAUUCGUGUGAUUGAAGGAUUUGAAACAGUGUUGUUUAAGUCCAAGUUUGAUUCUUGGCCUCAGACCCCUGAUGUAACUGUUUCUGAAGAUGGACGUGGCAAGGUAGCAGCACUUUUGAAACGUCAAGGAGUGAAUGUCAAGGGUCUGUUGAAAGCUGAUGCAGUAAAAGAAGAACCUCAACCGUACAUUGAUUGCACAGGACAUUUGCAGGUUUGGCGUGUGAACGGCCAAGAAAAGAUUCUUCUCCCAGCUUCUGAUCAGUCAAAAUUUUAUAGUGGAGAUUGCUUCAUCUUUCAGUAUUCAUAUCCUGGAGAAGAUAAGGAUGAUUGUCUCAUUGGAACGUGGAUAGGAAAGAAUAGUGUUGAGGAAGAAAGAGCUUCAGCUAAUUCACUGGCUAGCAAAAUCGUUGAGUCAAUGAAGUUUCUGGCUUCCCUGGCUCGUAUUUAUGAAGGCAAUGAACCAAUUCAAUUUCAUUCUAUUCUACAAACCAUCAUUGUUUUUAAGGGCGGUCUUAGUGAUGGAUACAAGACUAACAUUGCGGAAAAGGAAAUUCCAGAUGAGACAUACAAUGAGGAUGGUGUUGCAUUAUUUCGCAUCCAGGGCUCUGGACCAGAGAAUAUGCAAGCUAUACAAGUUGAACCGGUUGCGUCUUCCUUGAAUUCCUCUUAUUGUUACAUACUUCACAAUGGGCCUGCUGUCUUUACUUGGUCUGGAAGCAAUACAAGUGCAGAAGACCAGGAACUUGUAGAGAGGAUGCUGGAUUUGAUAAAGCCAAAUUUACAAACCAAACCACAAAGGGAAGGGACAGAAUCUGAACAAUUUUGGGAUUUAUUGGGAGGAAAGUCGGAAUAUCCCAGUCAAAAGAUUACUAGGGAGGCUGAAAGUGAUCCUCACCUAUUUUGUUGCAACUUCUCAAAAGGAAAUUUGAAGGUGACAGAGAUAUACAACUUCUCCCAGGAUGAUUUAAUGACAGAAGACAUUUUCAUCUUGGAUUGUUACUCAGAAAUCUUUGUCUGGGUUGGCCAGCAGGUUGACCCCAAGAGUAGAAUGCAGGCUCUAACAAUUGGUGAGAAAUUUCUUGAGCAUGAUUUUCUUCUGGAAAAAUUAUCUCGCGUGGCUCCAAUAUAUGUUGUCAUGGAAGGGAGUGAGCCACCGUUUUUCACUCGCUUUUUUAAUUGGGAGUCGGCGAAAUCUGCAAUGUUGGGCGACUCAUUUCAAAGGAAGCUUAAAAUCGUGAAAAAUGGGGGUACUGCACCAUUGGAUAAACCCAAACGGCGAACACCGACAUAUGGAGGAAGGUCUAGUAGUGUGCCUGAUAAAUCCCAGCGUUCUUCCCGUAGCAUGUCUGUUAGUCCUGAUCGUGUUCGUGUGAGGGGUAGGUCCCCAGCCUUUAAUGCACUAGCAGCUACUUUUGAGAGCGCCAAUGCAAGGAAUCUUUCAACUCCACCUCCAGUAAUUAGAAAGCUGUAUCCUAAAUCUACGACACCAGAUUCUGCAAUACUAGCAUCAAAAUCUAAAUCCAUAGCUGCACUUGGUUCUGCUUUUGAACGACCACCUUCUGCAAGAGAAAGUAUUAUGCCUCGGUCAGUUAAAGUAAGUCCAGUCACCCCAAAAUCAAACCCUGAGAAAAAUGACAAGGAGAAUUCUGUGAGCGGCAGAGUGGAAUCUCUUACAAUAGAGGAAGAUGUGAAAGAAGGUGAAGCUGAAGAUGAGGAAGGUCUCAUUUUUCACCCAUACGAACGCCUUAAAAUAACAUCUACAGAUCCUGUGCCAGGCAUUGAUGUAACUAAAAGAGAGACUUAUCUAUCAUCGGCUGAGUUCAAAGAGAAAUUUGGGAUGUCCAAGGAUGCUUUCUACAAGUUGCCCAAAUGGAAACAAAACAAACUUAAAAUGGCUAUUCAGUUAUUCUGAUUCUUUAACUUACUGCAGUUUAGGUUGCAGGAAGCUUCUCUGUUUUGCAGUAAGGAACUGGACAUAAUAUGGAUGAAAAGGGGACAGCAUCAGUGUUUUUUUUAGCAUAACUGCGUCUGCUCCCAGGAAACUUUUCAUGAAGAGAAACUAGAGAUUUUCCACCUCUCUCCUUCUCUUUGCACUGGUUUGAACGAUUAGGUUUUUUUCUUUGUUGAGUUAGCUGCGUGGCAUUAAUUUUAUAGGGCAAAAGGUUGUUUGUGAGCUUGGUUUUUGAAAGAAAAAAAAACACUUUUGGAUUUCAAAUUUCAUGUUACUUCUUCAUUUUAUUUUAUUUUUUAAUUUAAUUUAAAAUUGUUUUGGUCAAGCAAUUGGGGUUGCAAAUGCGGUCUAUUUAGGUUGUAUUGAUAUUUUGAGGAUAAAGUGUGUAUAGUACUAGAGUGUAAAAACCAGUCAGCUUCGAUGCUAUUUGUUUUGGAAAUAAAGUGUGAUUCUUUGUUGUUCUCUGCGCAA